GAUUGGUCCUCAGGGCACACAGAUAGCAGUUGUGCACUACAGUGAUGAACCAAGGAUAGAGUUCAAACUGAAUGAUUACAAGAACAGGAACUCUGUCCUAAAGGCUCUGAGAGGAGUACACUAUGGAGGAGGCAACACCAAAACAGGGAAGGGGAUGAGCUACGUUCUGAAGGAGCUGUUCCAGGAGUCUCUGGGGAUGAGGCAGGAUGUGCCUCAUGUCUUGGUGUUGCUGACAGAUGGCCGGGCCGUGGACGAUGUGGAGCAACCCUCCAGGAUCGCACAGGCUUAUGGUGUGAGUGUGCUGGCCAUCGGGGUGGCCAAUGCAGACAUGGACGAGCUGAAGAAGAUAGCAUAUCCAGCCAGCUACCAGAACAUCUUCUACGCCAGGGACUUUGAUGACUUCUCCUCCAUAGAGAGAGAGUUCAUCAGCAACAUCUGCAGCGAGGCGCUGCUCUCCGAGUUCAGACAACACGACGAGGUACAGGAUACACACGUCUGA